AUGUCAGCAACACCCGAACUUUCAGAAGAAUUCUUCGAAAUCGAAGAAGUGAGAAGAAAAAGGGUUCGCAAGGGACGUAUUGAGUAUCUGAUUAAAUGGCGUGAUUGGCCUGAGAGGUCAAAUACGUGGGAGCCCCUGGAGAAUGUUCAGGAAUUUGUUGAUGAAUUUGAAGAAAGCUUACUAACGAGAAAGCGUAAGAGGAAGCGGAAGGGUACAGUUCGUCGUAGAAGUGCAAGUAAAUCAUUAUCAUCGGUUGAUGAUAUAAAGACUUCUGAUCACAUGGUAGAAGGUGAGCAUAGAGUUGGGCUUUCAGAAGAUUUUGAUGAAAGUAUUCAGAGUACAAAUCGUUUGAAAGGGGCUAAAAGGAGAAAAUCUGGAAAAGUCGAAAGGUUUUGUAAUAAACCAACUAUAUUAGACGAUGCUCAAAGUGGAGACAAGUCUGACGCUGAUCAUGAGGUGGAGCCGGAAGGUGAAGGACCAACAGGGAAUGCUAGAUAA